UCGCCGCGCUGAACGCAAUGGACGGCACUGCCCCGCUGCUGCCUCUCCUGCUGCCUCUGCUGCUGCUGCUUGCUGCUUCGGGAGAGGGCGGGCCCAGGCGCGCACCCCGCAACUUCGACGGCGCAGCGCGCUGCUUGCUGGCGUGCCAGGAGCACAGGAGAGUCUGCGCUAAGCGCUGCUUGCCGCCACGGUCGCCGACCAACUUGACGAUUCUCGAAGGUGCGUCCCGCUCAGGAGCGCUGUCCCCGCGUCUUCUGCGGCGCGUGUGCCGUGGAGAGGACCUGCUGCGCGUCGCCUGGGACCCUCCCCCAGCACAGCUGCCAGCCCCGGACCUCUACCUCGCGCAGGCCACCGACGACCGCGGCCGCCGAGCCACAGUCAACUGGACGCGACACGGGGACGUAAUACUGGACAUGCUGAGUCCGGGCCGCGACUACGUCAUCACGCUGCGGCCGCUCUGGCUGGAGCCCGCUGUCGCCCGCCACGCCAGCGACGACGCGGACAUAGACGGCGCUUCCGACGCUACGGUGGCCGUCUUCAGAGACGCAACGCUGCCCGCGAAGCACAACGUGUCGGGCGUGGUGGACGUGCGCACCCGUGUGAUAGCGCGACCGGACGGCACAGUCGGCGCCUUCGUCUCCUGGCUGCCUGGUGAAGACGCGACGUGUUUCAGCGACAUCUGGCGAGCGCCGCCAGAGGACGUCAGAGUGCACCGUGCACACGAGCCGCUGUACCUGGCAGAGGAUCAGAGAGGAGGCGGCGCCUGGCUGUCGUACAGGCUGGACGGCCUGUCCUUCGACACUACGUACGAGCUGCGGGUGAUUCCUCGCGACCGCAACGAGACGCGCGAGGGACCCGACCGCCUUGCGGAACUUACCGUCCCUCCCUGUGCGGACAUCUUUCCAGGCAACACUGAAAUUUGUGGCGACAGCGGCACGACCACUCCAGAAGUCACUCCUUUCAUGACUGGCGGCUACCCAGCCCUCAAUGCACCAUUUCCUGAUGACAGUCCGGAGCUGCCGCCAUCUCUUUCUGCGAGAAGAGCUACCGCUGAAUCGCUGCACACAACACAGCUUAUCAGACGGGCGGCGCCGGCGGUGGGCGGCGCUGGAGGCGCGCUGACAGAGCGCGGGAUGCCGCCGCUGCCGUCGCCCUCGCCGUACGCACUGGCGGCCGCUGCCCUCGCAGCGCUGGCCAUGGGCGGUGCGGGGGCGGCCUUCACAGCGCGCUGCCUCUCCCGCAGGGUUCGCCGGAGGCGUGCCAAGCUCUGCUUCCAGGAACUGGCGGAGAAGGGGCCGGGCCCAGGGUCGGCGGCCGCUCCUGCUUCGACGCCCGCGCCGGCGGAGUGGGAGUCGUCGCUGGACGCAGAGGAGCCCGGCGACGGGUGGGAGGUGUCGGCGGGCCGGCUGCUGCUGGCCGACCAGCUGCUGGGCGAGGGCGCCUUCGGGCUGGUGCGCCGCGGCCUGCUGCGACAGCCCGGCCGGCCGCCGCUGCCCGUCGCCGUCAAGAUGCUCAGGGAUGACCCGUCGCCAGAGGACGUCCGCCAGUUCGAGCGCGAGAUCGAACUGAUGAAGUGCGUAGGCAGGCAUCCGCACAUCGUGUCCAUGGUGGGCUGCGUCACCAACCCCGCGCGCCUCAUCGUCGAGUACUGCGAACUCGGCGAUUUGCUGCACUUCCUACGCAGGGCCUGGGUAGCAGUAUCACAGAGAGAAUCCUGCUGUGACAAUAAAAUAAAAUACGCACAGCUUCUCGCAACUCCAGGUACUCCAGAUGGAUACUAUAAUCAGAAUGCAUGUAUUGCCCAUAACCACAUGUAUGACAUGCAAAAUGAACUAAGCUCAAGUGAAGCACAAGAAGAAGACGACACUGAAGUUGCUCUGAAGCCCUCAGACCUACUGUCCUUUGCACGGCAGAUUGCUAUGGGUAUGGAAUAUCUUUCAUCAAAUCAUGUGGUACACCGAGAUUUAGCAGCUCGAAAUGUUCUUGUCUGCUCCAACCGUACUGUGAAGAUAUCUGACUUUGGACUAAGCCGUGAUAUUUAUGAGCAGAACAUCUAUCGCAAGACUGGAUCAGGUCGCCUACCAGUGAAGUGGAUGGCCAUUGAAUCACUUGUUCAUCAGAUAUAUACAUCACAGAGUGAUGUGUGGUCAUUUGGUGUACUUCUUUGGGAGAUAGUGACAUUGGGAGCAACACCGUAUCCUGGGACACCAACUGGGCGUGUGCUUAGAUUGCUGUGUUCUGGUUAUCGCAUGGAGUGCCCACCGAACUGCAGUCAGGAGCUGUAUGAAAUCAUGCUCUGUUGCUGGAAAAUGAAGCCAAAAGAUAGACCAACAUUUACGUACCUAAGGCAGCAGUUAGAUUCACUACUUGAGAAUGCUUCACCACAAGAGUAUUUGAACCUGGACUCCAUGAUGAACAUCGAGAGCCUUCAAACAUCCACAUCUAGUACAGAGAGUCAUGACAGGCAAAGUUUUACCGGUGAGAGCAUUCUAAAUGAAUUCCAAGAUCCUGAAAUUCCUAUUGAUUAUCUGGAACCAAUGUAUACUGCUGGGUCUCUUCAAGCACAGUCUAUGCCAGCUGUUGGAGUUUAACUGAGAUAAAAAUGUUAUACACUCCUGAAAGUAAUUGAAAGAGAGAUGCUGGAAGGUGACAUACACAAGAUAAUAUGGACCCCAGCAUUUGAGAAUUUUAUGCUCCAAGGAGAAGCAAUGGACUACAUCUACUGUUUGCAUUAGCAGACUAUGAGCUUUUAGUGCCUGUCUACAAUAUACCGUUCUUGUCUUCAAAUAUCUCAAAAUGGAUACAUGUGUCUUGAGAGUGAAAUACUUACAUAGGAAAUUUGUAAUGUAAUAAUCCUGUAAAUACUGGGUUUACAGUAUAAAAUGCACAAAAAUACAACUUUGAAGGGGAAACCAUUACUGUGCAAGCAUUUUAUAAUGCAGUUAGGGCAUAAUUCAAUCAAAACUAUAUGCUGACAGGAUUUUUUCUUGAUUUAUAUCUAAAACUAACUUCUGUGUGCUGUCAGCGAAACUAAAGUUUUGACUGUCCAUGUGUAUUACUCUCAGUCAUUUGCUUGUAGCUUGCUCUUCUUAUACAAGUUGACAGUCAGAGGUGGGCAGAAAAGCAACAAGGGUGAACACAAUGAAGGACGACCAAUACAGCAACUUAGCAUGGUACAUUAAUACCAAUGC